AGUGUUCCAUGCGAGGGAGGAGAAAUCUGCCGUCCCUGCCCUCGCAGUAUGCCUGGGAGGAGCCGUUCCCCCUCCGCAGACUGAGAACAGCCACUGCUGCGGCGCUCCUGAACGCACACUCUCUUAGCGCUCGUCUGUGUGGCCUGUGUAAAACCCUUUUAAAGAGUACAGUGUCUCAUAAUGUUUUUUUUCUUCUUCUCUUUUUCAGCAUUCAGUUCUAGAACUCCCGUUGCUUUCAGUCGCCGGCGGUGAUUGUGACAUCAGCAUUAGAAUGUUCAGUUAGGAACAUUCUAAUCGCGCAUUUGUGACCUCACACCUUAAAGGGUUAAAGAGGCUGCAGAGAGGGCGGGGCCUCAGACUGUUUAUUGCCCGUGAGCUCUGGUGGGUGGGUGUGCACACUAAUCAGUAUGUGCCCCGGGGCAGUUUGAUGUCAGGUUCUGUUACCCCCUCCCUUUUUUUAUAUCUCUCUUUUCUUUCUGUGUGGAGAUGGGAGGCGGUGCCUUGCUAAGGCUCGUCUCAGAUGCUCAGAAGCAGUCGUGGAAGCCGUCUUGUCUUCAUGGUUCCAGUCGCGUUAGGAGUUCCUCACUCGCUCGUGUGGUUUAAGUUGGAACAGCUGUCUGGAAGACGCUAGCGAGUUUUGACAGGUCUGGGGGCUAAAGAUAUUUUUGUUAUUGUUUCUUACCCUCGUCGUACACAUGGAGCUGAUUUUCACAGAACUUUGACAGCAUAGAAGGGACUGCAUCCGUGAGGUGAUACGGUGGCUUGCAGGCAAGAGAAAUGUGAAAGCCACCUAAAUCUUUCGCUGAGUCUUGGAGGCCGGUGCCUCAAGACCCCUUCAGGAUCGCGCUUUCGGGUUGCGUUCCCGUCGCCUCGCUGGACCGACUCUUCCAUCGUUAUGAGACAUGAAUGAUGACCCCAAGGCUAUGGCCAGCGAACCCCUCGAAGGCUUCCACGAAGUGAACUUGGCUUCGCCCACGACCCCCGACCUUCACGGCCUGGUGGAGGCGCACACGCCCAAACGCAGCGCCGCCCCCAGCGCCCUGUACCGCGCGCCCUCCCUCAACUCCGCCCACUGCCGGCCCAACGCCCUGCGCGCCGACCAGCUGCCCACCCAGCCCGUCUACUCCACCCCCAAGCACCUGGGCGCGGAGGAGCCCCACAAUGGGAGCGUGCCGGGGUUGGAGGUCCAUCUCUCCACCUGUGGCUCCGCCCGGCUGGGGGCGGAGUCCUGUAAAGGCGGGGCCCUGUGCGGCGUAGAGGGGGAGGAGCCAGUGGGCCUGGGCAGCGACCUGAGAAGUCCCUCGGUGACGGAGCUGAGGGAGAAGGGGUACGAGCGGCUGAAGGAGGAGCUGGCCAAAGCUCAGAGGGAGGCCCACAGGAUGGUGCGGGAGGCCAGUCUGAAGCAGGCCACCGCUGAGAAGCAGCUGAAGGAGGCCCUGGGGAAGAUUGACGUGCUCCAGGCGGAGGUGGCCGCCCUGAAGAAGCUGGUGCUCUGCACCUCGCCCACCUCGCCCUGCCGGGACCCGCCCCUGGGCCCCAAGGCCCCCUUUAAGAAGAGCCACGCCCGCAACAAGAGCACCAGCAGCGCCGCGGCGGGGGGCCUGCAGGAGCUCAGUGUCACUCAGCCCGUGGGCCGGGACUGCAAAGAGGUGGACCCGCUGCUGCUUAGUGAGUUUAAGGCCUGGAGGGAGGACCCCACACUGGAGAGGAGCUGCUCUUUCCUGGAACGGAUUUACAGAGAGGAUAUAUACCCCUGCCUCACCUUCUCCAAGAGCGAGCUGGGGUCGGCCAUCCUGGACGCGGUGGAGAGGAACACGCUGAGCGUGGAGCCCGUGGGGUUCCAGCAGCUGCCCGUGGUCCGGGCGUCCGCCAUGGAGUGCGGGGGACCCAAAAAGUGUGCCCUCAGUGGCCAGUCUAAAACCUGCAAGCACAGAAUCAAGUUGGGCGACUCCAGCAGCUACUACUACGUGUCUCCCUUCUGCCGGUACCGGAUAACUUCAGUCUGCAACUUCUUCACCUACAUCCGCUACAUUCACCAAGGGCUGGUCAAGCAGCAGGAUGCGGAGAAGAUGUUCUGGGAGGUCAUGCAGCUGCGGAAGGAGAUGUCAUUCGCCAAGCUGGGCUACUACAAGGAGGAGCUGUGAUCCUGUAGGCGGGAAGAAGGCAUGCCAUCUGCUCUCAUUGGACAGGGAGACCAGACGGACAGGGGAGUGCUCCAAUCACCACGGCCCCCACAGGCAGGCAGGCCCCGCCUCCCUGCCCUCCUCUCCUUUCAUUUCACUUUGCAGGCCACGCCCACCUUAAAACUCGAUAUAUUUUCAGUUGCAGGCCCCGCCUAUUUCCAGUGUCCUACACUAAGGCCUUGACCAAAUCAACACACUUGCCUACUAUUGAGUGUACAACUUGUAUCUGACUUGUAUACUCAGUAGUAGGCAAGUGCGCUCACUUAGACACGGCCUAUGUUUUAAUCAGGAAGAGGAGAAAGCACGAACCAGCCGGUUUUGAAAAAAACUGAGAACGAGUUCUUGUGAUGAGAAAAGGUUUGAUGAUGUUUCUGCUUGCAUUCCUUUUGGGGACUUCGAAGAAAUGGUGCAUUUGGGGAAAAAUGAGAAAUGGAAAAAAAAAAUAGUGGAAUGCUGUAAUUUCAAACCAUACACCAAUAAACUGUUUCUGGCUCUAGUUCCUAAACUCAAACUGUACUUAGCCGUAUGUGGCAGUGAAGUGGUGUGUCGUAUGUAUGAUCUGUGCUGUGUGUAUGUUUGAUCUCUGUACAUCUGUUUUUAUUUCUGCACUCCAGUCUUAUGAAGCUUCCCACUCUUUAUUUUAGUGCCUUUCUGGACUAUACUAAAUAAAACUGUAUACCUCUGG